UACACCCCCCACAAUGCAUUGCGUUUUCAACAUGGCGUCUCACAUUGCCGCUUGACUUCUGUCAACAAGCGCAAAACACAGCUAAAGGUAAACAGGACAGCUUGGUGAGGUUGACUAAUAAUAUUACAGGCAGGAGGAUGAAACCGUUGUUGGCAGCAUUAAAACGAAUCCGUAAACCAGCCGUCUACACCGGUCACCAGCGAUGUCGGAGCUCCUGUGCCAGCAGCGGCCUGUUGACGUUACCUGUCCGAGAUGAGGCUCUCAUCGUCGGGUCAAGCCGGGAGCUUGUGCAGAGACUCGGCUCCCAGGUGGAGGUGAGGACGGGCUUCAUCACUGAGGAGGAAGAGGGGGCUUUUCUGGGAGAGCUGGAGCCAGGCCUGAAGAAGAAACGCUAUGAAUUCGACCACUGGGACGAUGCUAUUCACGGGUACAGAGAGACUGAGCGUGCGAGGUGGGGGGCAAAGUGUGAAGAGGUCUUGAAUCGUGUCCGAUCAGUAGCGUUUCCUGAGGGUAGUCCUCUCCUCGGGCCUGUGCACAUUCUAGAUCUGGACAAGACUGGCUACAUCAAGCCUCACAUUGACAGUGUCAAGUUCUGUGGUAGCACUAUUGCUGGGUUGAGUCUCCUGUCAGACAGUAUCAUGCGCUUGGUGAAGGAGGAUGCCACCAACGAAUGGCUGGACCUGCUGCUGCCCCGGCGCUCCCUCUACAUACUGAGGGACCAGGCCAGAUUUAACUUCACUCACCAGAUCCUGAAAGACGACGAGUCUGUGUUCAAUGGACAGAGAGUGCCUCGGCUGCGUCGUAUCUCUGUCAUCUGUCGGAACCUUCCGAUGUAAAACCCACUUCCACUCAGCUUGGAUAUGAAUGUCCAGGCCAUUAUUUAGCAGUUGAGGAGUUGAUCAGCGAUGGCUGAUUUAAAUAAACAGCAGGUUUCUACACAAUCUUCAACAACAACUGUGCCGUCUUGGCUGUAGUUUGAACAUCAUUUCAAUAACUGCUCACUUCUGCAAAGGAUGUUAGCUUUAAAUGUAUAAAAUAUCUGUUUAUUUAUACGUUUGUUGGUUCAACAUUAAAAGGCAGGGAGGGUCCUUUGAUUCUGAAUCAUGUUUUUAUGUAUUAUCAUCACUUUGGUGUGUUCCUCUACUUCUGUAUAAUACAGAGACCCUUGUGAAUAAUUUGCAAAUAAAAUGACAGAGAACUUGGCUUA